UACGGUAUUGCCGCGAAAUAUGAGUUGUGAUGAUGUCGUAGAACAGUUUUAUGGAGUUUACCUGUUAUACUGCAUGAACCCGAAAUAUAAAGGAAGGACGUAUAUUGGCUACACAGUGGAUCCUAAUAGAAGAAUAAAACAGCAUAAUAAAGGAAAACAAGCAGGUGGUGCUUGGAGAACAAAUAAUCAUGGACCAUGGGAAAUGGUACUGAUUGUUCAUGGUUUCCCCAAUGACAUUUCAGCUUUGAGGUUUGAAUGGGCGUGGCAACACCCAGAUAGAUCAAGAAGAUUGCGCCACGUGUCAAGUAAAAGUCGGAUAGAGAAAGUGUAUGACUACUGCCUUCGUGUUCUGUCAGAAAUGUUACGUGUGGGUCCUUGGAAAAGACUUCCAUUGACUGUUCGCUGGUUGAAUCAGGAUUAUUGUAAAGAUCUAAAGGCUGUUCCACCUCUGCACAUGCCAAUGUCAUAUGGACCAGUUGUGAGUGCCAAAGUAGUGAGUGCUGACAAGGCGUCAGAUCCAGAGAGCACACUGCCGCUGUGUUUAUUCUGUCAUGAUGCUGUCUCUGAUGCCAGCAGCCUUUCUUGUGUUACUCCAGGAUGCCCCUUGAUUGCACAUAUUAUUUGCCUUGCUCAGCACUUCUCACAGCCUGGCCAAUUAUUGCCUGUGGAAGGCAAUUGCCCAUCCUGUAAGAGCAGCAUGUUGUGGGGGGAUCUAGUACGUAAGAAGAAGGGAUGCUAUAGUAACCUGACAGCUGCUCCUGACCCUAUUUCGAUCAUUGAUUCUCCAUAAAGCUAAAAUCAGUUGUGUGGAAAAUAUGAGAGAAUUCACAAUAUCUUUCUUUCUGACAAGUGAUUUUCGUAUGAGUGCAUAAACUUCUGCUUCUCUGUUGAAAUGCUCAGAAAUAAAAUAAAGAUGAGUGUUUAGUGAA